CCUACUUUAGAAAAUCCCUUCAAUAAAAAGUGAAAAAAAAAAUCCAUUAAGAGAAUGACGGCCUUCUAACUGUUUCAGUUUCAAGAGAUUCAGUGCUAUACUACGAUUCAAGUCUAAACUCUUUCUGCAUGACUGUGCAUUAUAGCCUUUCACGUUACGUUUAUGAAAAUGAACAAGAGAACACAUUCAACCGUCUAGUGCAUUUUAUGUCACUUACUUCUUUUUUAGAUUCCUUUAUUGCAAACAUUCACAAAUAGAUAGCACCAUGCAACUACAGAAGUCCGAACUCAACUACUAUCAGUUAAGCAUAAUAUUAUCGAAGACCUUCGAUUUCAUAUGAUGGCUUAAGUUUAUGGGUGUCAAUCUCUAUCGAAUGCUUCUGAAUGACUAUAAAAUAAGACUGGGUGAGGGUGCUGAUUACAGACCGUAUCUUUGACUGAUAUGGAACAUUUUAGUGGCCGUUCAACAAACAUGAAUAAUAGUUUGUGCCGUACAUUCGAUUUGUUCACAUCACACUCGGUGGAAUCAAUUUAGUAUUUUCAAGAUUUUAAGUAUAAGUAUUAAAAAGAAAAAGUGAAUUAAAUUCUAAAGAAUAUAGUGGAAUCGAAAAAAUAUAUAAAAAUAUAAGCAAUUACAAGCUAGAUUCGACCAGAAAACAAACUUGUUAUGUGAACCACUAAUGAAAAAAUCGUGGAAUGAGAACAUAUUUAGGUGGUAUUUGUGAAGUUGAUAAAAUUAGUUAUAACGGUCAGAGACAAAAUGUCUGAAGAGAACUCGAAUGUUGAUGUACCGGAAGAACAAGCAACAACAUCGCAGGAUGAUUCUCGAAUGGGAUGUUGCAAACGAAUGUUUCAGUUCAUCACAGUGUAUUGGAGAACGUUAUUGGUGCUCCUUGUUCCAACAUUGGCAUCCUUGUUAUUCGUUAUCGAAUAUUCACCGGCCUUCCGAUGUUUGUACGUAGUUAUUGUGAUGUCUCUGCUGUGGGUAACGGAAGCCCUGCCGCUACCAAUCACAUCCAUGCUACCCAUCGUGUUAUUCCCACUGUUGGGAAUUCUCAGCACAAGUAAGACCUGUAUGGUCUAUAUGAAGGAACCAGUGGUUAUGUUCAUCGGAGGAAUUGUGCUUGCCCUGGCCAUCGAGUAUUGCAAUCUUCACAAACGAGUUGCUUUGAAAGUGAUUGACCUGAUAGGUUGCAGCCAACGGAGAUUACAUUUGGGGUUGAUCGUUGUCGCCAUGUUUCUGUCCAUGUGGAUUUCGAAUACGGCUGCCGUAGCUAUGAUGUGUCCUAUCGUUCUAGCUGUACUGGAGGAGUUGGAGUCUCAAGGCCUUUGCCAUAUGUACGAGAUUGAUGAAUGCCCCGAAGAAAACAACAAAGGCAAGAACAAGGACAAAUCCAAAGAUGAAAACAAGAAACCAUCGCAAACUACACUUUGUUACUUACUGGGAACGGCCUACGCAUCCAGCAUUGGAGGUUGCGGCACUCUCAUUGGAACUGGAACUAACCUAACCUUCAAGGGCAUCUACGAAAAUCGUUUUCCUGAUGCAAAUGGAAUCGAUUUUCCCGAUUUCUUGUUCUUCAACGUGCCGUUGAUGCUGUUGGAUGUGUUCCUGGUGUGGUUAUAUCUUCAAUGGCACUUCAUGGGACUGUUCAGGCCACACAGCAAGGAAGCGAAACAAUCUUCUAUAGGCCGGGAAGGAGAAGCUGUGGCCAAACGGGUAAUACAAACUCGUUACAAGGAAAUGGGACCAAUGACAUCGAACGAAAUCAGUGUUGCCUUCCUGUUCGUGCUGUCGAUAGUUUUGUUCUUCACCCGCAGUCCAGGGUUCGUAAAAGGAUGGUCGGAUGUUUUCCCGGGAGUAAAAAUAAAGGAUGCCACACCAGCGAUACUAAUUGUUAUCAUGCUAUUUAUAGUUCCGGCUGAUUGGCGAUGGUUGAACUACUUCAAAAAGAACUCAGGACCGCUACCCAAGGAACCAUCCCCAGCUCUCAUCACGUGGAAAUAUGUCAACAAGAACGUGCACUGGAGUCUCAUUUUCUUGCUAGGAGGAGGUUUCGCACUUGCCGAAGCCGGACAGGCCACCGGAAUGUCAGCUCUCCUCGGGGAAUCUUUGUCUGGCUUGCAAAGUCUUCCGCCACUGGCAACGUUGUUUGUGGUGUGCCUGGUUACCUCAAUGAUUACAGAGUUUACUUCAAAUGUUGCCAUUAGCAAUAUAAUUCUUCCGGUACUGGCUGAAAUGUCUGUUGUAAUCAAAAUCCAUCCGCUGUACCUAAUGCUUCCGGCAACAAUGUGCUGUAGCUAUGCCUUCCACAUGCCAGUAGGAACUCCGGGAAAUGCAAUCGUAGCUGGAGCUGGACACAUCUCCAUUAAGGAUAUGGCACUUGCCGGACUAGGACCAACGGUGAUAACCCUGGUCGUUAUGUGGAUAGGGCUUCCCACUUGGGGGGCCAUUGUUUAUCCAGAGAUCAAUACAUUCCCGGACUGGGCAACUCAAGAUCCAACCAAUGUUUCGCUGUAUUAAGACGUAGCGGUUAUUAUGCAACGAACCCACAGUUUGAAGUUUUAAAACAAGGGAACAUCCAUUAGUUACGUCACGCGGAAAUCUAAUAAUUCAAUAUUCUCCCCUUUCAAUUCCAAACCUCUUCUGAAGUGUAACAUAAUUUGUGGAUGCUCUCUUGAUCCAGUUAAGACAAAUUUAUAUACGAUAAGUUUUGAGAGUACAACACUAACGUAAAUUGCAUCCACUAUGAUGAUCUUAUUAUAUCAGAUCGUGUCUGGUAGUGAAAAGCAUUGCUUCACUGUUUUCGAUCCUGAACAUUUUACGUGUGGCAUCAAUGUGCAUGCAUCUCCUGAAAUAGUAUUUACUAUUGCAGUUAGGAUAGCUGCAACAAAUCGUAAUUAAUAAAAUAAUUAUUUAAUUAUAUGAUAA